AUGACCACAUCGGCAUCAAUUACACUUCCAGAUGUACCAGGGAAUCUUUCUAUACAACAUGUGGCUAGCUCUCCCGCGUCGGCGCCGCAGCCAGACGACAAUCCGGAUCCAUUAAGGAGGAGCGGCUCAUUUCUCUCUGUUACCGGAAGUGAGAGAGAGACCGGUGACGCUCGAGCCGAAACAAAGAGUCCGUCACCAGAGCCUCUGGUGAUGUCGGUGGACGACGUGGUGCCACUUGCGUCUUGCUCGGUGCAGCUACCAUCCUUGCAGUCGACGUCACCACAAUUGAUACCACCGCAGGAGGGGAAGCGACGCUUCAAGCGACUGCGGGCCACGCGAAUGUCAUCAUCGCAAACAAGAGGGGGCUGGCGUAAUCCGAGCACCAUAUCCGUCCUGGAUUUGGCAGCCACGGAUCUUGACGAGUUGCGGAGGUCCUUUGUUGCGCAUGGGUACAUUUUUAACCGAGGGGAUUUGGUCGAUAUGUACAAGUUAGCCGGUAAUGUGGCGAAAGAGAUACGACACGGUGAGCGACAACAGCGCAGGCGGCAGAUACAGCGUGCCACACGGCAUCAGGCGCCAGAUAGUCGCAAGAACUCCAUGAGCACUGUGAGUGAAGUUGAAGGCAGUCAUGGUGGUGGCAGCAUCACUUCUUUUGUAGAUGGCUCCAAUACCACUGCUACAGAGUCUACAAGUCCCGCUGCGGAGUUUCCUUCCCAAAAGACACGCCUUCUCUGCAUCUGGUUGUACGAUCGACUCGUACAGCAACGUCUGGCUGAGUACGCAGAGCCGAUAAGGGGUCAAGCACGGGACCCUCUCUCUGGUGCCGCCACCUUUUCGUCGCGUUCGUUCCUGAGCGGUGCGUCCAGAGCGGCGAUGAAAACUCUACGAGGUCCACCAACGCCACAACUUCUGCAUGAACUUGAUAUACAUGAUGAACUCAGCUCGCGCCUCUGCGAGCGUGACCCUAGCGCAGUCCUAUCACUCUCGGAUGUCUCACCAGAUAAUAUUUUGCUUCCGUUACCAGCCUUCGUGUACGUUUUCAGUCGAGCAAUGUUCCGUCUGUACUAUUUCGCCAGAUUCCCAGCGAAUAUAUUUGCUGCACCGCGUGUGCCUGUUCGUCCAGGUAGUGGGGCUAGUGCCAAAGAUGAUGGGAAGAGCGACACCACCGGUUCCACCAAUGCGGCGGCCGCUGCUGCUGCAGCUGCUGGUUAUCAUGCUGAUGAAAUUCUUCAAGAGGCGGCGUUCCUCCUUGAGGAAUGUCGGUGUACGGCGUGUCAGUUCUAUGAACUCAUUGACACGGAGCAAAAGGGUGUCAUAAGUUGGUCUUCUUUUACGGACUCACUGAUGGAGCAGGUCGAAGUCCAGCAUCGCACCAUGCGGGACAAGGAGAACUCCGAGGAGUACAUUCACAAUGACGCUAGGGUAUUCGAUGAGUAUGUAUUGGAACCGUUUCCAUCAGUGAUGCAGCGCCUGGGAUACAUUGGGGCUGUCACAGAGGUACGACACAAUGAUUCUGCCAUCAUCGUGGAGGGCACGUACGACUUUGCACUCUGUGACAGUUUAUACACUGGCCUCAUUCAGCGCAAGCUGCUGGUGCGCACCUCGGGUAUGCUAUUUUCACAUCGCCGAGGCGCACCUGACGAGUGGGGCGCCGAACGAUGGGAUGCCGCUACAGACACUGUGAAUCUUUCACAACAGGAACAGAGACUCAACGGGAAGUUUGUGCACUACGAAGAUGGCCGCAGCUAUGAUGGUGAGGCAAAGCAGAAGAAGCUCGACAAAAAGGAGCGCCGUGAAAGCUCCAAUGUGGGUGGAGAAGAUGAUGAUGACUCACAGUAUGGAAGCGGCGACCGCAUUGAUCCACGCACCAAGCCUCCAAUAGAGAGUGCACUGCAGGUGCGCGGUGUCGCACCGGACUUGCCGUCAGCAGUGGUGACGCUGCACAAUGAUCUCCUCAUCCGCUUCUUCUAUACGGAACAGCACCUCUGGGUGGUGCCGGAGACUGUUACCGUCUGCUGUACCGAAACCAUCACAGCAAUGGACUGGAACUGCGCCGAGGCGGAUGGCGAUUCGACUCUGAAAUUGUCUCUCUUCAUUGGUACGCGCUCAGGAUUCGUAUGCAAGAUUGACCUGGAGGCAAUUUUGCGGCUGAUGAUGAGUGUGAAAAACACUAGCGGCGACGUCAUCACAACAGGCACAGCGGCAGCUGCCACUGCUCGCGCCAAUCUUGAGUUGUAUGUUCUCCUGCGUCAGAAAAUUCACAAGGAGUUUGUGACGUCAUUGUGCCUCACAACCGCUGGUGUGCUGCUUUCUUCGAGCCUGGACGGCACCGUUGUUCUCAGUCGAGCAACAAAUCUGACGAUGCUGCGCUCAUUUCGUGCGCAUCACGGAUCAGGGGUGCGAUUCGCCUGCAUUACACCACUGCGGAAUGCAAUUUUGACGCUUAGCACUGGCAACCGCGUAUCACUUUGGGGAAACACACAUCAAAGCUCACAUGUGGACCUCUAUGACCCGUUGGCGCCGCACUACUUUCCUAUUGUCUCUGUCAAGGUGGAUGAGAGCUUGGAUCAGGUCAUCACAGUGGACAGUAGUGGUCAUGCAAAGGUGUGGAACCUGCGCAGCAGCCUCACCAAGAUGUCGUUUUACGCGGUUUCUGACAAAGGCUUCUCCACCUUCCGCCACAUGUACUCGGCGGAGGAUGCCACACAACACAACGGCUACCGCCUCUUUGACGUGGACGAGACGGAGAAGCGACGACCCCGACUGCAGAAUGACAACAGUGGCCAACACGAUGUGCCAGCGCUCUUGCAGACCACACUUUCGACCAUUGAGGCAGGGAACAAGGCUAGGCACCUACACCCUGUGCGUCACGUCGCCUAUGAUGCGUCGACGAAGCGUCUUUUCGUCUCCGGCACACACAACAACGUUGUUUGUGUUUUUGUUAGUGGCUCAACAGCAGUGAAGGCUCACUCGACGCCGCUUCUUUAUCUGACUGUGUGCGAAAGGAAUCGUUGGAUCGUUAGUGCGAGUGUUGCCGACUGCCGUCUAUGGAGCUACCGUACUGGUACACUGGAGCUUGGUCUCAAGGCGAACGCACCAGAGUUCAUUAUGGCGCGCAUGGUCCCUGUUUUCGGCUCCCAAUCAAACUCGUCGGUAAGUGAGCAGCUCGCGGCCGCCACAGGGGAGAUGGAGCGCUACACACUCGAUGAGUGUAAGCAACUGCUGCCGACCCUAGAUGACAUUAUGCAGGUGGUAACAUCACGGGCGGACGCACACCGACGGGAUCGCAGUCUUAACGCCAUCUCGAAACGUGCAGGUGCCGCAGAAAAAGUACGACGUAUCGCGCACUUGCGGCGGGAAGGCGACGAUGGCACGCAAGCUACUUUGACGUCAAUUGCUGCUAUUGCAGGUUCUUCCGGUGGCACCAGUGCUACUGGUGGCACGGACACCAUGGAUGAUGAUGCACAAAAAGACCAGGCGGCGUCCUAUCGGAUUGUAUGCGCCCACGUGGAUUCCCAGGAGCGCUACAUAUUCUACGCCCUUAACAAUGGAGACAUUCGUGUACACCGCACCGACUCGGGGCGACUGUCCAAGACAUUUCUGACAACGCCGCCUUCCACCGACCUUAUCUUUUCCGCUGUGUUGCAGUGUCGGCACCUCUUUACAUCAUCUAAGCGGCUGACGGAUCCGAGCAAUAAUGUUUUAAGUGAGGAAAUGGAAUCACCACGCCGUCUCACAGGUGCACAAAUGCGUGUGCAGGAUGUCGCGUUUGUUUUGCAGCGUCUCCUGCGUCAGGAGAAGAUGUUGCCACUUCACCAAGGCGAACGUCACUCUAUCCAUACAGAGGCAACUGGCAUGAUGACAUUGCGGAGAUCCCAGGAGUUGGGUGUUGUGUAUGCUGAUGGCGUCAUUCGUUUUUUUCUGCUCGUCGGCAACAGCGUGCACGCGCACCGUCUCAUUAUCCCUGAGUUCCUCGUCUCCAAGGCUCUCUCGUAUCUGCGAGUCGAGGGUGUGCUUCAGAAAAGGCUGGCGAGCAUCUCGCCUCCCGUCCGAGAGAAUGGACUUUCCGAGCCACAGCUGAAUUAUGUUGUGGAAGCUGACGCCGUGAGCUUCAUCGCGGUGAGCACUUCACUAGAGCUCAUCUGUCUCGUGCAGGUAAACGGGCGCGUGUCGGUGAUAGACAUGAGCACACCAGUGGGUUCCCUGACGCAGGUACUUACUAUGACGGCGGAGGUGUCGGCAAUUUCAUUCCUCGGCGCGUAUCCGUGCCUGGCUGUGGCGGACACACAGGGCUGCAUCAGCUUCUUUCUGAUGAAGGGCGCCGCGAUGCUGGCGCUAUUCGAGGAUUUUUUCAAGGCGGUGGUGCUGCAUCGUCGGCAGCAGCAGCGGCGGUACUCACAGACACCCACCCUUACUGACCCCCCGCCAGGGGCUAGCGGCGGCGUUCAGCAGUACACAAGUGGGGCGACACGGCGCAUGUGGUGGUUCCAGACUCCUGGCACACCAACGGCGCUGCACUUUGACCACACACUCUGCACGUUGUACAUUGGCACGCGUCAGGGCUACAUUUCGUCCUACUUGCUGCGCAACAUGAUCGUGGCGUUCGAUCUGCACCCUGUCAUCAGUGCUUCUGCGACAGGGAAGUCGUUCGACCAUUACAUCACCUCUUUGCGACAGCAGCGCGAAUCCAAUGAACAGAGAGUGUGCAAUGUAUUGCUUGUCUUCUUCGGUAUUACACCCGAUCAUGUAAUGAAGUAUCUUGACGUCACCCGCACCACUGCGGCCUCGCUCUGGCGUGGCCCCAAAGGUGUGACAAAUAACAGGGGAGCAUCCGUCUCGUGGCGAGCUGCAGAACUACAACCACAACAACAGCAACAGCAGCAGCAGCAGCAGCAGCAGCAGCAACAACAACAACAAUACCAAUCGAUGUCACAGACGGGGCGAUCAGUUGCGAUGGCCUUAUCAUCGUCGGGGUGUUCUGCGGGUAACAUCAACGCUGCAAUGCCGCCACGCACGUGGAAGGGUUCCCUCGCGUGGGUCUACGAGUCGUGCAAACCGCUCUUCUACACGUUGCCUGUUUCACCGUCACCUUUGUCACCAAUGGCGCUGGGCAACGUCUCGAAGCCUUUCUUUGACCUCUCAACGGUUACCCUUUCUGAUCUGUUCGUUGCGGCAGCGAUCCUCCACCAUGCGCUGCAGGUGGUAUUGAUGAAACGUGACGACCAAAUGCCAUCAAAAACAGCAACGACGGGGCAUGACUGGACCCCAGCAACGGCUUUACCCAUCGCUGCAUUGCUUAACCAGAGUGAAUUGCGGCAUAUUCGUCAGUGCAUUGCGGAGGAGCUCCGCUACCGGAACGAGUUGCUUUUAGAGUCAGAGCGGAUGCAGGAUUAUUCCUCCUCUGCCAACUCCCCUGGCGGCUGCGCCGUCGAGGAGGACGUCGACAUUGAUGCUUUGGAUGACGAUUCGGGGGAAGUGCCAAGUGCCAUUACGGCGGAUUGGGUGGAGUUUCUUUUCCGCCGCCAUGUGGCGGAUUCAGUAUGCGACUCCCCACUAUCACUGCUGUCUCUUCACGCUACACUAGAACGUGCCCGAUGGGAACGGCGUGAGCGCCACAAGCUGCUCCAGCUGCAGGUGAAUCUGGAGCGGGAGGAGCAGAUGGGAUUGACAGGCAGCUCAUCCGUGGCCAUACUCCCACGUGGACCCAAUACGAUUAUUUCUGUUGAUUGUGAAGCAUUCCUUGAGGGGUCGCCAAGGUAUUCCCUUACUGAGACAGUACAACGCCGCGGGGCCAGCGGGCGGGAGGAGGAACCAUGCGACAUUGACGGUGGAGAGGGCGUGCGCUGCAUCACAACUCGACGCAACGGAAUGGUCCUGGUGGGCAGCGCCGACGGCUCCAUUUCAGUGUGGACUCCGUACGGCUGCGCGCGGUUGCAGGAUCUGUGCCCAAGUAUGCUCUUAGAAAGGAGCAUUUACCGCCUGGGUGAAUCCGUAAAGACGCAAUUCGCACAACAGGUGGAGCGCGUCUCUCGUUAUCGGCAGCGGCAGGCGUACGCGACAGGAUGUCGCGACACAAAACUGCACGAAGCGAUGAUGCGCAACUUAGAUGUCAAGUACAGAGCAGCCAUCAUGAAGGGUGAGGCGGAGCGGGCACUCAAUGCGCAACGCAGGACUACUACAGCAACCAGUAUAGUCAGCAGUGUUACGUUGGGUAGGAGCGAUAAGGCGAGGAAGACGACCGACUACAAUAUCAGGAGCGUAUACACCCCGCGCAAGUCGCCCCCUUUUGCAGCGGUGACUCAAGAGACGAAGCGAACGCUCCUGGAGAUGCAGAAGGAGCUGCUUCUGGCGGUGUUGGGCAUCACCCCAGUCAUAAUGACAGCAAAGGGCAUUCUACUGGAGGAUCUGUACUUUCUGCCACUGCAAAUGUCGAUGCUGUCAGAGCUGGAGGAUUUCAAUGUGGAUGCAUACAACGCGGCGGUGGAUGCCGCGGUGGCGCGGCUCACACACAAUCUAAACAGCAGCACAAUGUGUUGCGAUGACGCAGACGGCGAUGCAGACGCUGCUGCCGCCGCUGCUGCCGCCGCUGCUGCAGCAGCUGCAGCCUUGGGAGGGACGCUGCCGAUGUCGGCAGAUGGCAGGCGUGGCAACUCGUUUGACGAUCGCGGAAGCCGCGUGGACGACGAAUACACCGGUGGGUCACUGCAGCCUGGUACCCACUGGGGGGGUCACCGUAGGGGCGAAUGGGACGAUACGACACAAGACGAAACAACCGCGCACUUUUUUGCGGCACAUGAGAGACAUGUGAAGGCCUUCUACACUGAACAGGAGCAAUUUCGGGAGGGAAAAACGCGAUGCGCGUCUCCCAAACGACUAUUUGGUAGCGCGGCGAUGAAGUUGCGAGGCUGCCAGUCGUCCUCCUUAGCGGACCGGCGGCACUCCGCUGUUAGUCAGCGCACCGCAGAGGCCUCCCACACUAAUACUGCCGCGUGGGUGCCAACGAGCGCGCGCUCUCUUCCGGCGUACGCGCAGCCUGAGAAAAGCAACAGGGUGAGCGCCAUCACCGUCGGCGUCUCCACUCGGCGCGAGCGGCGGCUCACUGGCUGUUUUGCGCUGGAUCUGCAGGGCCUCGCGCGCACCUCCCGCUGGUUUACCGCGGAGGAGGCGAUUCGUCACAUCGUGGCGCAGAGCGACGGCGUGGCCGCGGCGGAGUCGUUCAGCACUCUGCUGGGCGCGCUCACACGUGGUGCAGUGCGGAAUGCACGUGAUAGCCCGUCGAUGGAGCCGCAAGCAAAAGAGUCAGCCUCGCUUCUCGAGCCACUGCUGCUUACCACAAGCAUCACUGAGGAGGAGGAGGAGGAAGAGGAGGACAACAAUAGCAACGAUCAUCAUCUGCAUCAGCAACGACUGCAGUUAUGGGAGACGCAUCCCUCGACGGAAGCGAGGUCGAGGCAACGCAGCACCGUGGCCGUCUUGCGCUCGGAGGAGCCAAAGGAACGGCUUGCCUUCUUCAUUACCGAGGCCGAGGCAGCAUCGGCGGCAGCAGGAAACGGCAGCAGCAUCCCACAUCAGGGCCGCACUGCGCACACGGGCAUGCCGAUGGACAGCACCCCAACAGCCACAGAGGAGUGCGACGGAUCCGAAACAGCGGUUAAUGUGCCCAUCGAGUGGUCACUCGCCAGCAAGGGGCACUCACACCGUGCCAAGCUGGCGCACACUGGUCGCACAGCACCAAUGUGCGAAAUCCGACAGCGAAUGAGGUUGUUCAAGAGCUCCCACAUAGUGACCGCGGGCAGCGCCACGGAUUCAUCAAAGACAGCCAACGACACAAGCACCUCACGACUACCGUUAGAUUUUCACAUGAACACGUCAAUUCCGUCUCUAUUUUCUCCAAGCCCCACCAACAACUUUGAACGGAGUGAGCGCACGACGUACAACGGUAAGGGAGCCCGGCCAUCCAGCGGUGUGAUAGUGCAACCGCGAGUCUAUGGCGAUGUAAGGCCGAAGACAGUAAGCAGUAAGCGCGUACCUUUGAAGUCGCCACUGCGAUACCCACAUCUUCCUAUUGCUUCUGAUUCCGGUGGCGCGCGUAAUGCAGAAAGGGAAUAA